AUGUAUUCCUUCGCUGCAACAGCGCUCUUAGCCCUGGCGGCCACAGUGAGCGCCAUCCCCGUCUCGCAGGUCGAGCGUCGCCAGUCCUAUCCUGCACCCAAGGACAUGUGCGGAGCGCCCAACGAGUCCCUGCUGAUCCCCGGCACGCCCUGGAUCGUCUUCAGCAUGAAUUACAACUACCAGCAAAUCCACGGCAGCAUUUGCACGGGCUUUAACGGGGUGAAGACCGUGGACGGUGUCCAGAAAUGCAAAUGGACCAGCGACUGGGACAUGGAGCCGGCCGACAAUCCGGACACGGUCAAGGGCUACAGCUUCGUCGGUUUGACGCAGAACUUGGAGAACAGGAUCUCCGACAUCAAGUCCAUUCCAGCAGACUACCACUGGAUCAGGAAGAAGGCGACGCCAGACUCCAAGUACAAGGGCAACGUGGUCUUCGACUUCAUGACGUCCGACACCAAGGGCGACAGCACCAGCAGCCACGCCCAGGAGCACAUGCUCUGGCUCCGCUACGAAGGCGGCCAGUUGCCGAUCGGCUGGGUGGAUGGUCCAAUCGCCACCAUCAACAACCUCUACGGCAGGACCUGGGACCUCUACCGCGGCCUCAACGAGGACACCGGCAUCAUGGUCAGCUCUCUCCUCGUGAGGGAGAACCAGCAGUUCCACGGCCACUUCAAAGGAGACAUCAAGGACUGGUUGGUUGCGCUGUCCAAGCAGGGUCUCUACACCCAGAGCACAUAUGUCAACGUUGGCAAUGCCGGAAUGGAGCCUUUCUACGGCAUGGUUUCUUUUACGAACAGCGUCGCUCUGUCGAUCAACUUGUAG